AGGUAUGGAUGAUUCAUUGCGGGCCCAACAACAACAACAGGUGGCUUCCAUGUCACGGUUCCUGGGACUGGUAAGGCAGUGCAUAGUGCCCUUGGUACUUUUUGCACUGUUUAUGGGGAUGGGAUUUGCAACAGCCAUCUGGCUGCCAUGCCUGGUGGCCACCCCACUAUUCAGGGUAUGCAGGUUGGUGUCUGCCAUACAGCUCCCAUGACUGGCAGCCAGACUCCUAUCUGGGAUAUUGAUGGUGGCAUCUGCCAUAUGGGUCCCAUGUCUGGCGGCCAGCCUCUUAUCCCCUCCCUUGGUUUUAUGCGCGGUACAGGUAAGAAAAUGUCCGGUGCUCCUGGUAUCUUUGGCAGUGUUUAUGGUGGUGGGCUUGGCGACAGCCAUCUGGCUGUCGUGCCUGGUGGCCGCCCCACUACUCUUGAUACGGAGGUCGGUGUCUGCCAUACAGCUCCCAUGCCUGGCAGCCAGACUCCUCUCCAGGAUGUUGAGGUUGGCAUCUGCCAUACAGCUCCCAUGCUUGGUGGCCAGCUUAUCAUUGCUUCAUGUGGAUUAGGCGUAGCCAGUGUUAAUUGCAUGAACCAAAAUGGCAUCAGGCUAUUCAAGGUUAGGAGGAGAGGGCAGUGGCCGGCCUCAGCGCUCAUAUGGCACCACUAGCCCAGAUGUUGGUUUUGCCCCGGGAGCAAGAACCGGAACAGAAUUUUUUCAACUGUGUGAUAAGAUAACAACAAAUCUUUUCUCAAUCAACAAUGCAACGAACACAUUGGAGAGAUCACUAAAGCAAGUGGGAACAACUACAGAUAACCAGCAAUUGCGAGAUAGAAUUUCACAGAUAAACAGCAGUGCUGGAGCUGCAGUGCAGGAAAUCACUGGACUUUUACGUACUCUGCAGCCACUUGCUCAGGGUGAUAGGCAGCGGCGGGUGCAGGCAGAUCGAUUACACAAUGAAUUCCAAGCUUCUGCUUCACGCUUUGCAGAAGUUCAAAAAAAAGUAGUGAGUACACUGAGGACAGCACGGCUGCCAGCUGAUAUGGUGGCUGUGGAACAAGACAACACCUCUGCCACAGACUCCAUGAUUGCAACAGAACAACAAAGUCUUGCAAAAAUUAAGCAGUUAGAGGACAUGGAAUUUGAAGCAGCUAUGAACCAGGAGAGGGAGCAGAGAGUGCAGCGCCUAGAAUCUGACAUCAUUGACAUUAAUGAGAUCAUGCGAGACCUUUCUUCCAUAGUCACUGCCCAAGGAGAAAUUGUGGACUCAAUUGAAAAUAAUGUGGAAUCUGCUGCUGGAAACGUGGAGGAGGGCAGAGAGGAGCUCAUCAAGGCUGCCCGAUACCAGAACAAGAGUCGGCGAAAGAUGUGCAUCUGCGUCCUUAUUUUGGUCAUAGUGCUUGCCCUCAUUGGAAUAAUCAUUGGGAUUCACUUUGCUACCAAAAAUUAGGAAUUCUGUAUACUCAGUUAAGGAAUUGUAAGUAUUUUUAUAUGACUCCUUUUUCUAUUAACAAGUUUACAUAUGCAUGACAUAAACAUAUAUACAUACAUUCCAUUGUUUUUUUGUCAUAAAUAUUGGAAGAAUAAUUAAUUCAAUGCAGCUAAAUAUUCCAAAGCAUUGCUUCUAGUCACAGUGUACAGUAAUGAAACUACAUUGGAUGUACCCAUUGGAAAUGUACAUUAGUGAAUUGAAAUAUUUAGACAUACUUUUGUAAUGAUUGGUUUUCAUUAUUUAACUGCCAGCUGAUAAUGUUAAUUUCCUUAAUGGCUUUUAUUGAGGGUACCAUUUUUUUUAGGUCUCGUUAAUUAGGCAGUAUGUAUUGGGAAGAAAAGUGGAAUAAUCAAAGUUUACUUUGAUUAGUUCAUAUGAUUUAUAUAGAUAUGAGGACUAAUGAUAGUGUAAUAAAAAAAAGAUUGAUGGUAUGCCAUGAUUUGUAGCAUUUCAUUUAUGUUAGGUUUUUUGUUGCUUGUGAUGGUGUUUUUGUUUUUAUCAUUGUUAUUAUUAAUGCUAUAUUUUGUUAUUAUUAUUAUUGUUAUUAUUGUUUUUUAUUAUUAUUAUUAUUAUUAUUAUUAUUAUUAUUAUUAUUAUUAUUAUUAAUAUCAUCAUUAUUAUUAUUAUCAUUAUCAUUAUUAUUAUUAUCAUUGUUGUUAUUAUUAUCAUCAUUAUUAUAUAUUUUUACUACUAUUAGUCAUUAGUUUUGUUGUUUUUAUUAUUGUUAUUUUAACAUUAAUGAUGAAUCUUGUAACUUACUAAUACACCAUUUUACAGGGAGUAUGUUUGUAUCUAUGUUGCAAGAAAACCAAUAAGAAUUAUGAUUGCUAGUACUGCUAACUAUGUUCCUUUGUUUCACAUAAAAGUAUUUGCAGUUUAUUGUUGUCCAGUCAUGUCGCAUGAAGACAAAAUUAUCAUCAUUUGAUCAUUGUUAAUUUUUCAAAGUUCUGCUUACCUGUGUAUUAGAAUGACUUUGUAAAGAAACUGUAAAUUUUUAAACAUUUUUGGAAAUUAAAUUGCCAUUUUCA